AUGAAUUUCCUAAAGAUUUUUCAGAGCGAAAAGAAAAGCAACAAUGAGUCUGAAAAUCCACCAGACGGUGAAUCGCAAAAACAAAAUGAAACGUCCUCCCCCCCGGUGACGAAUGACGUCGGGCUGAAUUACAGCCAAGGUGUUAACACGCAGGAGGGGGGCACCAACAUAUCACCUCCCUUCGAGAAUGGCGAAGAGGUCAAUGUGGGGAGUCAUGUGGAUGGUUCCAUUAGACAGGAGAACUUUGAAAAUGGUGCAAAUAAUUUAAUGACCCAGCCCCCACCUCAGUUUGGCGGCCCAAGCAUGUACCAACAGAAGGAAAACUACGACUACCCGAAUGGGAACCCCGGCAUAGGCAUGCCCUACACACACAUGAAUAAGAUAACGUCGGACGCCUCCUACCCGUGUAGCACUUACGACAUGAGUGUUAGUGACCCUUAUGGUGGUGGAACCCAUGGAAGGAUGACACAAGACAAUAGUAACGCUAACAGUAGGGGAGGUCAUUCCAGUCAGUAUGUAACUAACCACGGGGUGGUCCACAAUGUAGAUUACCACCACGCAUCGGGGAAAAAUAUCACCAACAUUGCCAAUCAAAAAUAUCGUAUAAAUUCGACUGACGGUGGGGAAACUUUCCACUCACCCACCGAUCUUCAUGUGAAUAACCCAAAGGUAAACAUCUCAUCUUUUGAGAGCAAAACGGGUGGGACGUUCAUCGAUGUGAAGAGUAACUACGUGGAACAAAUAUCGCGUAAUGAUCCUUACAACAAUCGUCACAUUGUGGCAGAUCCAUACACAGGAGGUAAUGUUUCAGUGCAACAUCUACCAUAUCAGUAUGACCAGCGUGUGAAUAACAACAACGCAGCAAAUGGGACGAUGAGUACCCCUGGAGGGGUCAAUAGAAAUGUUAAUUACGCCUUCCCUUCUGGAGGGUUUCCCCCAGGGCAAGUCACAGAACAUAAUUUGCCCAACAAUUUAAUGCACUCUUUCCAGCACCAAUUGAAUGACAUAGCUUUUACGCAAAACGGACACGUGGCUGGAGGGAAAAAAGGAGAAUUCCCUCCUAAUCAGUCCUACAUGAAUAUGUACAGUAGCGUAGCUGACGCAAGCAAAAUGGACGCUCUUCCAAAUGGCGCUGAAUAUUACGGGAAAGGUUUUCCACCGAAUGGCCAACUCCGAAUGGGCAAAGCGGAUCAGAAGCGGAAGCAGCAGGUAGGGGAUCCCAGACGACAUGUAGGGGGGGAGGGACACAACAACAAAAGUUUCGACACGGUGGGGAAGAUGGUUCGAUGGAAAGAAGACGAAGAGGAAACCCAAUUGAAGGGGAAGAAGGUCGAUGAUACGGUUGGGGAGGAAGACGAUAAGGGGAACGAGUACUACUACGAGAAGACAAUGGAUUUCCUGAAAAAAGAAUUCAGCGUCCACCAUAGUGGCAAAAUAAAUAACUGCCUAAACGACAGAGACAUGCUGGAAAAAACGGCCUUUUCUAAGCUAGUCAAUUUUGAAAAAAAGCUAGCUACUGAGCGGAAGAGAGUUCUGAAUUAUUAUCACGAAGACAGGAAGCAGAUUUAUUCCAGCACGAUAAAUAAAGACAAGCAAUUUUCUCACAUUUUUUUCAACAACGAAAAAUAUUAUGACGCGAAAGAGAUCCUGGCAUAUCUCCUUCCCUACCAUACGUUUUACUUAGACGAUAUUUGUAUCGACUCUUCCGACGACGAUGAAAAAUUUUGUGAGAACCUUCAGAAUGACGUCAGGGAAAUCGAUGAGGGUAUUUCCCAGGUGAAGGAUUCCUUUCGUGCCUACACGAACCCCUCUAUGCUGUGGAGUUUCAACAAAAUAAUGGACCGAACGGAUGAUCAGCACAAGAGGAAAAAAGUCACCGAUUGA